UGAUACUCUUACCUCCUUCACUUUUUUGCAAUGCUAUCUGCUCGCACAGUAAAGGCUGUCCUAUCCACAACCUCUCGAGCCAGUCUCUCCAAGAAUGCUGGUCGAAUCACCAGCAUUGUUGCCAUGACAAAGCGAUCGGCCAGUACCAACUCUGAGAUCACGCAUCCUGAUUCGGAUGUACCCAAGGAGACCAUCGAUACUAUUCAGCGAUACAACAAAUAUACUCUCAACACAUAUGCUCGACCUGACCUUAUGUUUACACACGGCAAGGGAUGUUACAUCUACGACACCAAUAACCGAAAAUAUCUCGAUUUUUCGGCUGGUAUUGCUGUCAAUGCCCUGGGCCAUGCUGACGAAGAGGUCGCAAAGACACUUUAUGAACAAGCUAUGAAGCUCGUUCAUUGCAGCAAUCUGUAUCAUAAUGAGAAUGCUGGAGCUCUGGCUGAAAAGCUCGUUACAGAGACCGUUCAACAAGGCGGUAUGAAUGCUGGAAAGGUUUUUUUCGCCAAUUCCGGUACCGAAGCCAAUGAGGGUGCUUUAAAGUUUGGAAGAAAAUGGGGUAACCUCGUCGAACCAUCUGGAAAGAAGCACAAGAUCGUUUCAUUCACCAACGCCUUCCAUGGUCGCUCCAUGGGUGCAUUGUCUGCAACCUACAAUCCUAAAUAUCAAAAGCCUUUCGCACCACUCAUCCCUGGAUUCGAAGUAGCCGAAUAUAACAAUGUUGAUGACGUUAAACGCUUGAUUGACGACAAUACCUGCGCUGUCAUCAUUGAACCUAUUCAAGGUGAAGGAGGCGUUCACCCAGCCAACGCUGAGUUCCUUGAGACUGUACGAAAGGAGUGCAAUGAACACAAUGCUUUGCUCAUUUACGAUGAAAUUCAAUGCGGUCUUGGCCGAACUGGUAAACUCUGGGCUCAUCAAUACUUCCCAGAUUCAUGCCGACCUGACGUUUUGACCAUGGCUAAACCUCUUGCUAAUGGUAUCCCCAUCGGUGCCAUUCUGAUUACUGACAAGGUCGCUGAUAUUAUCAAGAUCGGUGAUCAUGGCACCACUUUCGGUGGAAACCCAUUGGCCACAGGCGUUGCACUCAGCGUCUUGAACCGUCUCACUAAGCCAGAAUUUCUCAAGCAAGUCUCAAGCACUGGCGAUGUCCUCAAGAAGGGCUUGGAGGAUAUCCACAAUGCGUACCCCAAGCUUGUCAAAGAUGUGAGAGGUAAUGGUAUGAUGCUUGGAAUAGAAUUUACCAAGGACCCAACCCCCAUUGUCAAGAUGGCUCGCGAACGAGGUCUUUUGGUUAUCACCGCUGGUAGCAACACCGUCCGUAUCAUUCCAUCCCUGACUCUCACUGAAGCUGAAGCCCAAGAAGGUUUGAACUUGUUCAAAUCUGCCGUUCACCAAUUCUCUGAAUCGCAAUAAUUGCCUAAUAUUUUUAUGGCACGGCCAAAUGCUAAAAAGCAAACUGUAGUUGAAACGUAGAAUAUGAAAAUAAAAUGCUAUUUUAGAGGCAAGUUUGUUUUUCAAACCCAUAUUCAACUGACCAGAAGUAUGGGAUUGACAACAGUUAAAAAAUAGAAAACAGUGGUUUAAAGUAU